AUGCCACCUAUAAAUUAUGAAUUUCCUUUUUGUGUGGUCACCAAGAAUAGUAAACAAACCAAAAAGUACGCUCAGAGAUCUCAUCUUGAUAAAUUCCAUUGGCUCGUUUUAUCACACAAAGACCAGGGGCUGUAUUGUAAAUAUUGUGCUCUAUUUGCUACGGGCUCAGGUGGUGGAGUUCAAACAAAUACGCCUCUUAAACGGUUGGUUAAACAACCCUUAAAAGCUUUUGAUGAUCUACUUGGAGAAAAAGGAUCACUAUUGACACACCAGCGAAAUAAAUAUCACCAAAUGUCGGUCGAAGCUGGGAAAAGUUUUCUUUUAAAUUAUCAUAAACCUGACCUUAAUGUUGCUAACCAAGUCUGUAAGCAACGAAUAGUGCAAAUAAAAGAAAAUAGAGAUCGUUUGAGACCAAUUGUCAGUACAAUUAUAUUAUGUGGCCGCCAAAAUAUUUCUCUGCGUGGGCACAGGGACGACGGAAAUACAAGCUUAAAUUAUGACGAAAAUGAGCAAAAUAGUAUUGUAGCAAAUCAAGAGGGGAAUUUUAGAGCUCUUCUAAGAUUUCGUAUCGAGUCAGGUGACUCAAUUCUGCGUCAACAUUUAGAAACAGCAAACUCCAAUGCAACGUAUAUCAGCAAAACAGUGCAAAACGAAUUGAUUGAUACGUGUAAAGAUUUUAUUCAAGAAGUUAUUUUAAAUAGAAUAAAGGAAGCAAAAUUAUUCUCAAUAAUUUUUGAUGAAACAACUGACAUCUCUCACACUGAGCAGCUGAGUCUCUCCUUUCGAUAUUUCUACAAUGGAGUAAUCAAUGAGGACUUUUUAACUUUUUGUAAUGCUUACGAAAUGAUUCAUAUUGAGGACGCAAGAACAGAGCGUCGAUUAACGGGCGUUGCAUUGUCACGUAUAGUAGAAGAUCUUUGCUUUAAAUUUGAUAUCGAUUUGGCAUGGUGUGUUGGCAUUGGUACAGAUAGCUGCUCUGUGAUGGCUUCUGAAACUAAAGGCGCAGUUCAUGAACUUUCUAAAAAAGCCACUAACGCUAAGCGUUGUCCAUGCAACAACCAUAUUUUGAACAAUUCAUUAGCAAAAUCUUCAAAAGUUACACCUUGUCGUAAUGCAUCAACAACUAUGAGGAAAGUAGUAGCUUUUGCUAAUGCUUCAGCCAAACGACACAAAGUCUUUGAAUAG